GCUGAUGACAUAUGCCAGUCCAGUAUGCUGCCAUGCUUUAAAAACCCUGGCAAUGUUAUAUACUGCAUUAACUUCUUACAGCCCGUUGUCCUUCAGGGCGUCUACGCCCUCCUAUAGCUUGUAAUCCAUGUUCGCAAGGGGAAGGUCUCAGAAUUGUUAAAUACCAGCCUGAUGUGAGAAAACAGAUUGCUCCAAACAGGAGAGAAACUUCUGUGGGAUCCAAACCCCAGCAGAGGUAUCCCUGGGGCCAGCAGCCUCACAAGGUGAGAGUAGAGGAGAUUUAAGUAAAAGCAUCUCAGUGCCAGAAAUAACUCUUUAAUGCCAGAGAUGACUUAUGACAGAGGGUUUCUGCUAGUUAGCCUUCAGAAAAAAUCAGGCUUGCACUUCAGCCUCCUUUGCUUUCCCAGAACCCUACUCUUAUGGAUGCUUCAGUUUCAUAUCUUUUCUAUGGGAUACCAAAUUGCAUAAAGUGUAACAACAGUAAUUUCUCCCUGCCUCCCAUACCUAUUACAAGAAAUGCCUGAACUGAGCCAAAACCAAAUGAAAAUGAGUGUGGUAUCUCUUUCCUUACCUUUCUGGACCUUUCUGUAGGAUUAUGCAGAAGGCCUCUUUGGAAAUCCCUGCUACUUUCACCUCCUGACUGUGCAUUUUCUCCUGUGGCUGUUUUUCUUUUCAUCAUAUCUCACCAGCAUCUAAGUGCCUUUCUGUGUUGUGGCUUCUGGUUUCUGUAUCAGAACGCCUUCUGGCCAACCCCAGCUGUUGGUCAAGGCUUUCUGGUUGGUUCAUCUCUUCAGAGAAUUCUCCUCUGGAAGGGUACUUUACUCUCAGUAGUUUCUUGGGGGAUUUUAGUCUAAAUAGGAGAUAAUCAGGAUUUUCUAACCUUUCAUCGUCAUCCCUAGGAAUUUCAUUUCAGUGAUUAGAAAAAAAGAUGCUGCUGAAGACAGACACGCCAUUCAAAGCAGAGUUCGUAGUGGUGGAAGGUGUAGAAUAUCAGCAUCAAACACUUUGAAACUGAUACGUAGGCAGGUCUUAUUUAUAAUCAUACACCCUGCUAAUACCAUACUAAUAAAACUGAAGCAUUCACUUGUCUGCAAUUGAAAGUGCUACAUUUUUAAUACCCUGGCAUCAUGGAUCUGUAUCUGAACUUGUAUCAGAUCAAGAGUCCCCUGAGCCAACUAAUUCCUGCUGCUGGAGAGACUGUCUAAAUAUCUUGGAUUAUAUUUACUGUGCAAUGCAUUAAGCGAUCCUGAAUCACUCCCAGGGGAAUCUUCUAGUUCUCUGUGCAGUUUGGCUCAUGAGCAACUCCUGGGCUGCAGCCAGGUAUAAGUCUGAAAAAGCUCUGAUCUGAAGCCCCCAAAUACCUUGUCUAAAUAAGAACCACAGGAUGUGGUCCUUUCCAACCCUAACUAUUCUAUGAUUUCAUGAUGUGAUUUGGUGGUUGUAUUUUUCAGAUAAUAUUUUCCAGACUGGAUUUACAAUUGCCUGUGUUUCCCAUUGGGCUGCAUGACUGCAACUUCUUGCUCUCUAGUUGCAGGCUGGGAAUGGAGUGCAUAGUUUGGAUGCCAGCAGUGGGACAUCCUACCAAAACAAAGAACCCUUGUCACUGUUGUCUGAUCAAUGACUUCAAAGUGCAGGAGCUGUUAAAUUGGAAACGAGUGCUGCAAAAUGCCAAGUGAGGUGCUUGAAAGCAGCAGUGGGAUGGAGGAGACCAUGCAAAAAGAGAGCAAGUCUGGUAGCCAAAGUCCUCGCUGCAGCUCCAUGAGAAGGGCUGUGGCAACCACUGUCACUUUUGAUGGGGAAGCCACUAUGGACCGGAGGAAAAAGAAGAAGAAAGAGUCCCGUCCUGAGUCAAUAAUAGUGUAUCGGUCAGAGAAUGAGAAUAAGGUGGAAGAAGAACAGGCAGAUGAAGAAGGAGGGGAGAAGGGCUCUGAGGAAGGCUCCAAGUUCCUGGGUCAGUCCACGGCAGAUGGUGUCUGGAACAUGCCUUUAGACAGCCGAUAUGUGACCUUGACUGGAACAAUCACCAGGGGAAAGAAGAAGGGUCAGAUGGUGGACAUCCAUGUCACACUAACGGACAAAGAGCUGCAGGAACUCGCUAAGUCAAAGGAACCUCCUAAAGAGGAUGUACCUGAGAAGAAGAAGAAAUGUGAUGUUGGGCUAGACAGAGGACCCCACAUCGUCCUCUGGACCAUCAUUUGCCUCCCUGUCAUUUUUGUAGUGUCCUUUGUGGUUUCAUUCUACUAUGGAACCAUUACAUGGUAUAACAUCUUCUUGGUGUACAACGAAGAGAGGACCUUCUGGCACAAAAUCACCUUUUGUCCCUUUCUGAUCAUCUUCUACCCAAUUAUAAUUAUGGUUGUGUCUUUUUCCCUAGGCCUGUACUCAGCUGUGGCCCAGGUAGCAUGGUCCUUUGGGUACUGGUGGCAUGCUGUCAGGGAUAUGGAGAAGGGCUUUUGUGGCUGGCUCUGCAGCAAGCUGGGUUUGGAAGAUUGUUCUCCAUACAGCAUUGUGGAGCUGCUAGAUUCUGAUAAUAUCUCAGGUAGUCUCUCUGGCAAGAGCUCUGCACAGGGGGUUGAGACCUCGGCAGUCUGAGCCUUUGUCCUGGCUGACUAUUUUAGUCAUAUGUAAGUGGUUUUCAUCUAAAAAACAACACACUGAAUUUAUAUAUAUAUAUAUAUUUAAACACAAACUUAAUGAAAAAAAUAGUGGGCUGGGAGUGCUCUUUAAAUGUCAUAGAAUGCAAGUGUGCUAGUUUCACAUGGUCUGGGUGGGGAGGUGCAUGGCUCUCCAAGGAUUUGCCAUCUGUUUUAGCUAAUUACAACUUCUAGGAAUGGUGAGAAAAUCCAGGUCUGUGGUGCUCCCACUGUUUGUAGCACAGCAGAGAGACAUGCUGAAAAAUUCACUUCUGUAAAGUUAGACUUUCUUUUUCAGGAGUAGGACAUAACAGUGACCUAUUGACCCCGUGAAAAGAAGUCCAUACUCAGGAGAUGAACUUCUGGAGCUAAGAACCCAUUCAGAGGUGAAGGGUAAAUUGCAAAUCAUGUGAUGUUCCUACAGUUUUCCUAAAAAGGGUCCUUUUCCAAUCCUUCCAACAAGUGCAGCAAACAUUCCAGGUAGCUAACUGCUUAGACGCUGUCAGAGCACAGAAAGACCUGGCUUUUCUCUGAGAGAGGACAGCACAGCUUCCAAGAAAG